AUGGCAGUUCUGAAUCCUACACAAAAAUCACCCGAGAGAGCAUUUGCUCUGCAGAAAUAUCUGCUCCUCCACUCUCAACAUGAUGCUCUUCAAAAACACCUCCACCAAGUCACUGCAUCCAUCCCUGGAAGUCCAACCUCAUCCACCGACCGUAAUCGUAACUCCUCGGUCUCAUCCGACAGCAGCACCGGCAGCAAUGAGUCUAUGAACCCACCCAGCCAACCCACCACCUAUACUCGAUCCCGACGAGGCAGUCUCCCAUCUUCUUUCGGCCACAUGCAACAUCUUCCGCACGAGCUUCGCAUCCAUCCUCUGCCAGCUGUGGUUGAUGAAACGGUGGUGGAAGAAAUCGAGGGAGAUGAACAGAAACUGAAGAAUGUGAAUCAGCAAAUCAAAACUACCUUGACGGAUUUACUCAACUGUGAGAGUGUGAAGAGUGAUGCUAGAUAUAGGCUCUGGGUCCAAAAACGAUUGAUGGAUACGGAGAGAGAGUUGAAGGAAAUUCGAUCGAAGAGUUGUGAGAGGAGGAGAAGUGAAGAUAUGAGUCUUUGA